CGCAGCCGCCACCGCCGUACAUCAUCGGCGCACCCUCGUUCAUUUCCGAGCCUCCUACGCCGUAAGCGAGUGAUAAUGGAAGAUGUUAUGAAGCCUGUGAUUUUCCUAUGAGUUUUACAAAUUUGAUCAGCCAAGUGAUGAAGUUAUUAUUAGAGGACGAUGUAACCUUAAAAGUGCAAAGAAUCAUUACAAACAAACUUUGUCGUCUCAUUGUUUGAUAUCUUUAUCUUCGCAUAUAAGGUGCGUUGAUAUGUCACAUUUCCAGGAUUAUAUGGACGGUGUACCCGUUAAAAUAUCCGAAAAAUACAAAAGGCCGCCUAGAAUAGAAUUGCCUUACAGUGUUAUUGAGUGUCCAACACGGGCUCAGCAUGUUGUCGACAACGUCGAGUACUGUGCUACUUUCGAGAAGAACGUCCUCGCUAAACUCAAGGAGCUUCGGAGUGCGAAAGAAACGAAGAAAAACGAGAGGAGACAUCGUUUACAGCUAUUGGAGGAAGCCAAACAGAAGAAACUGGAUGAAAUAGCGGCUGCCGAGGCUAAGGAGAAAUUGAAGCAGCUGAGCGUGUCAGAGGUGUCGUACCCGAGUACAGACGAGAUCAGUGCCCUGUCACCUGAUGAGAAAACUGAUAAAAACUGUGAUAACUCUCCAACACAAGACAAUAGCCCUGAAACUGCAGAAGCUUCAGCUGCUGUGGAUGUUAGUUACCCUUCCUGCAGCAAUGCAGAGCCUCAGCACAAUAUCCUGCAACCCAUACCAGUCCAAGCCAGAUAUCCACAGAGCAACUUGUUGGAUGAUCCAGAUCCUCUGCAAGAACUAAAGAUGAAUACUAAAAUCACUAAAGUACCACAUUACAGUAAUGUAGAUACGUUAACAUAUAAAGAUUUUGAGAAUGACACCUCUAGCCCAUUUGAUAAUGUUGAAUUGAAGACAAUAAAUGAUAUGGAAUUAUUAGCACAAGUGCUGCAAAGUCAGAGGGAAUCUGCAACUAGCUGCGAUCCUCAGCGAGCAUACACUACGGACCAGAUGUACACAAUCCCUAAUUGUGCAUCUCAGGCACAAAUAGAAGGUGUAACCUAUCUACCUAACUCAUACAUGGAACAAUCCAUCCAAGGCCCUAGUGUCAUGUAUUCCCCACAACACUACCCUGUAUCUAAUGGUUACUAUGUACCAACUGACAAUAUCUGUGAUAAUCCUAUGCAAAUGGAAAAUAUGAACAUGUAUUUGCCGAGCUAUCAAUAUUACGUUCCUUCAAACUCAUACCCGGUAACUGACCCAAAUUAUUAUGGUAAUCAGAUAUCAAACACUGGAGAAAUCAGUCAAAUUCCAAAUGGCACGAAUUACAUCCCUGAACCAUAUUAUUACCACUAUUCUCAUGUACCAAUGGCAUACCCUCCUAAUACAUAUGAUCCAAUUCAGAACCAGAACCAGAAUGUUGAAAAAGUGGAAGAGAAUAAAAACAUAGCUUCUAAUACAAAUAAUACAACAAAGUCCAGAUCGCGAAGUGUCCCGGAUAUUGUAAGGGAGUUGAAUGAAGAAAUUGCUUCAGCAAAACAGAGAGCCAAUGAAAGGUCUUAUAAUGCGAGUCCUGCUCCUAAAUUGAACCCUCAUUCCACCUCAACUAGUGAUAAGAAAGAGGAGAAACGAAGUAGAAGAAAAGCUGAGAAUCUGCCAAAUCCUUUUGAGAAGCUAUCUCCUAAGUUACAAGAUAUGUGCCAGAAAAUACAUGGGAUGGGUUUCCCGCUAGACAGGGUUGCUAGAGUGUGUACGCUUGUAGGAGAUAAUGAUAAAAAGAUAAUCGAAGGUCUUCUCAUUAUGGGCGAGCUGAUGGACUUAGGAUUCUCCGAAGGCAAGGUGUCGACGGCUCUCGCCAGGCAUGAGUUCAAUAGAGAUAAGGCUUUAGACGAACUAGUGUCGUAACAUACGCCUCAUAGACAGGGUAAGCUAGUAUCAAACACUUGGGAAAAGAUUAUUCACGUAAGGGCUUCAGCAAAUCGUCUUAAAAAUUAAGGUUUCUCCAAAUAAUUAAUAACAUUUAUUUUGUAACUUAAUAAAGUUAUUAUUGUACUACACGUGUUCGAGUGUUCAUGUUAUUGUUGUUUGAGCUUUCCAUACAUUGAAUUAUACCAGAGUUAACAAGAGAAAAAGCGAUGGAAAAAUAGAAUAAUUCUACGUCAUUCUGCGUCAUUUUGUGUUACAAGAAAAGUACCCAAUCCAUAAUUUACGGCAGUAAUUGCUGACUAUAGUUUAACCUAGCCAGUUAAACUUGACAUUGAAGCUUACAUUGUGUUCGAAGUUCGUUCGGUCGGACUAUGUAGCCUAGUUCCAUGGAGUAAAAGUGUAUGGUGGAACAGUACCCCUCACUCGGGGGCUUGCAAAUUUACGCACGAGGAAGCUCCAUCGUAAAGACAGAUUAACGUAGGUUACUACGAAGUAGAUUAAAGUAGCACCGUUCGAAAAUUAAACCGCAUAUGUCGUAAAUUUCCUGUGCACUACUGCGUCGCGCUGCGUUACGUGCGGUGUACCUAUGCGUCAAGUGUUUAAUAAAUUAAGCAUCACAUUUUGCAACAAUUCACACCUACGUAAAGUGGACUUUAAAAUACAUAAUAGUUUUGCCUCUUUUCGUUGGUGAAUUGUUCGAUAUAACUGUACUUGGAGCAAAAAUUCGUUACUGUAUCACUACAAGGAAAAUUGUUCACCUGCUUGACCUCCGCAAUAAUAUUAACCUUAAUUUAGCCUCGCUCGAAUGCUCGCUCGCUACACAACUCUGUACAAUAAGCUUAUGACAAGACAAUUCUAAAAUAAUUUGAUUUCUCCUAACACAAAAUAUGCGAAUUUUAUUAUUAUAAACACGGUACUUUGAUGGAUAUUAGUUAUUCAAAUCUUGUCGUAAUAUUUAGAUGAAUCUCGUUAUCUAACUUGCGGGUUUGUUUCGAGUUCUUAGGUUUUCGC